AUGACGAGCUUGGACAACUCGUCAACUUCAGAGGAGGAUGGGACUUGGGGACCCUCCGCACUCAACCUAGUCCUGACCGGCCAGGACCCAGCACCACUCAAUCCAACGGGAUUGCGGAUUACAAAUGGGACCAGGUCAAGCCCCGACAACUCAUCAGCAUCCGAAGGCAAUCACCAGACAAAAAACGGACCAGGUCUACUGGAGUCGGAGCUCCACAGCAGACUGCUUCAGUCGAGAAGCCAAGAGCUCCACAGAUGCAGCUGCCAGUGCUGUGGAAUGGGGCAAGAAAAAAUGAUCUGUGUAAUGACAUCUGAGCAUGAGAUCAUGAAAUCCUUGCACCGGGAAAGUAAAUCAAGGAUUGGCUGUAGAUCUACCAAUAGAAGUUCUUUAGUAAAGACAAUUGUGCUAGAUACAGCUAAGAACUCAAAAUGUGCCAUUUGCUUAGAAAGAAUCCAAGAUGCUACUUACCUGAACCCUUGCAACCACCGUUUCUGCUUUGCUUGUAUUCAGAAGUGGUCUAAAAAGAAAGUAAUAUGUCCACUCUGUAAGCAACGAUUCCAUUCAUUCUUUCACAUUGUGAACACAAAAGGCACAUUUUGUGAAUAUGUUCUACCUUUGAGUGAUGACUCCUUUCCUCAUUCUGAAAGCAGGAGAGGUCACACAUCAACUUCCUCUCAAAGAUCUAUGUCACCACCCGACAGUGGGAUAGUGCAUGAUGAAAUUAGAGGAACUCUCAGUCAAAAGGAUAUUUAUCAGCUGAUGAGACAGUUUGCAGUAACAAAGAGACCUGGAAAUAUAGAUGUAAUAACCCUUGGGAAAUUUAAAGCCCAUGCUGCCAUUCAGUUUAGGAGAGCUCUGUACCAUGCUGGCAUCCUUGUUCAAAAAGCUCACCAUACAGAUUUGUACCAAAAUGCUUCAGCAGAAUAUUUCAGUAGGCACCCGGGUACCUUUGACAGGUUAAUCCCUUGGCUGAAGCGGGAAUUAAAAGUGUUGUGUGGGAAUCAAAAGUCAUUGAUUCAGACUUUGCAGAGUUUCAUUCUAAAUAAAAUGACUCAGCAUGAUCUGCAGAGCAAGGAGUUUGAAGAUUUCCUACGGCCCCACUUGCAUCAUUUCACCCACCACUUUUUGCAUGAACUCAUCAGUUUUGUACAAUCGCCAUUCACUAUCAAGAAAUAUGACUGGCAUUCCUUAUAUGCAUGCCCAGUUCUUCCAAAGGAAGAUUCUGAUUCUUUCAUUUCUUCUGCAACUUCCGACGAUGAGCAUUCCCAGUUUCCUGAUGACAAUCAGGCACCCGAAGGUGACAAUAAUUUAGAUGGCGGAAACCUAGGAUACUCACACUCUAGCUCAGAAAAGGAUUCAUCUGCUAUGUUCACUGUGGCAGAUGGCACACAAUAUCCUAACAAAGAAGGAAAUAAUUUGGAAGACUUGACCAGUUCUGGUAUAGAAAAAGAUGGACAUUCAUCAGAUAACUUUAUUCAAAAGCAGCUGAUUAAGUUGCCAUCAAACUCAACAGUACAACCAUCACCUUUACAUAAUCAGACACUUCCAGGCAAGAAUGAAAAUGAAGAGAUGGGAGAACUGCAUCCUGUUCAGUCAUACAUCUCAAAGAACAUUGAACCUUUUGAGGAUUCCUCAAAGUUAUUAGCAUCAGGUGACUAUAAUGUAUCUAAUUUUGAUCAUGGAGAUGCUGCGGCAAUCUCCAAUAAGCAAAAUGUCCCAAAAGGAGAAACAAUCCAAUUGCCACAACCAGAUAUGUGCACAAACAACUCGAGACGCUCCUCUUCAGAAAAAUGUGCAGCAGUAUCCCCUGGCAAGAAGAACAUAUUAAAAAAGGGUAGAUCAAGGAGUACUGAAUGGUAUUCGGAGGAAGGGCAUGGAAGGCAAGGUAGAGCAAGAAACCAUCAUGAAAGAAGGCAAAAUACAAAUUACGCCAGAGUUGGAGAACGGAGGCCUAGAACAGAGUCAGGGAAAUCAAGAUAUAAAGAUAUAAGCGCAUUUCACAGGAACGAAAUUAUUUUGCCGUUCAAAAGUGAGAGCACUGUCACUACUAACAUAAGCAAGUCAAGGUAUCAGCAGAGUCCUCAUUUUACGAAAUUACGGAACAGAGACUAUGAUAGUUUAAGGAACAGUCUUGCCAGUGAACCAAGCUGGAGAUACCUUUACUACAAACAAGACUAUGAAAGAUAUAAGUAUGAAGAAUUCUUGCGUCAAAAGGCCGGCAGACCCAGAUUUUGUCAUCCAAAUACGCUGACUGGCUCCAAGGAGAGAUCAUAUUUCUCCCCAGAAACAUCGUCCUAUCAAGAAAGUCUUGCUAGAGGAUGGAAUUAUUCGGAGAGACACAGCAGCACAGGGAGGCCAAAGGUCAGAUUUGUUGCAGGGGGACUAGAGAGAAGGUCUUAUGAAAAGCUAGGUAGGAAAAGGAGGCACAAAUCACACCACCUGGAAUCUGGCCAAGCAAAGGGAGGAACAAGGUAUUUUCAGGAUUAUAUUGGGUAG